AUGGAGGCGAGCGCGGGCGGCGGCAUGGCGCGCGUGAAGCAGGAGUGGCAGGAGCCAGCGUGGGCUGGUGGCCUCGUUGUUAAGGAGGAAGCAGAAUGCGUGGAUGAAGAGGAGUGUGUGAAGGAGGAGUGCUCGGACAGCAGAGACGGGUGCGGCAUGAGCGAGGCAGCCAUGCUGGCCGGCCUGUAUGACGAGCAUGUGGUCAAGGACGAGCUCGUGCUGGGGCCGGAGCGCCCGCAUCGCCCCACAGUUGCUCUGGUGGUUCGCAGCAGGGCGCUGGGUGACGCGGGGGGUGGGGGAGGUGGGGGGGCACAGCGCGCUCGGGACUGCUCCGUGCGGCUCGAGCGCCUCGCGAGCCACGCCGGCGCCGCGCGAGACCACCGGCCUAGAGGGACCGCCCCCAGCGACACCGCCACGCCACCCCACACAGACUCUGGUAACGAACAGGAAAUAUUCAAUAAACCUGAUUAUGAUAAAGAACCGACGUGUGAUCUUUGUGGCGAGAGAUUUGAUUUGAAAUCUGAUUUGAUAAAACAUGUUGCGGUGCACAUUCAUGUGCCUAUAAGCGCGGAUCUGGGAGCGGGCAGACCUGGUGUCUCAGGCAAUGCACCAGCGGUGGUGUCGGGUCGGCGGCGCUCGUGCGCGGUCAGGCUGGAGCGCGUGCUGCUGGACGCGGCGCGGCGCUCCUGCCGGGUCGGGCGCCGCACAUACAAGCUGCACACACACACGCACACCGCCGAGCCCGCACACACACGCAACCUCACCAUCACCACCGCCAGCUAUCAAUGUCACCAUUGCGGGAAACGGUUCGGGAACAAGUCGGUUUUGGUGAAACACAUACGCACUCACUUGCCUUUAGGAGCGUCGAGUAACUCGACCCGAGAGAACGAUGCUUUAGAACAUCAACAAAGUCAACAAACGUUACACAAAGAUAAAAAGUAUUUCGUAACAGUUUUACGGAAACCUGAGAUGACACACCGUGGCGCGAAGCCUUUCAAGUGUAGGUACUGUGACUACACGAGCUGCAAUAACGUACUCAUACGUAGACAUGAGAUGAUACACACAGGUGAAAAACCCUUUAAAUGCAACUACUGUGAUUACAAGUGUCGUCAAAAAGAAAACUUGCGGACUCAUGAGAUGAUACAUACAGGUGAAAAACCCUUUAAAUGUAAAAACUGUGAUUACAAGUGCAAACAAAAAGCACACUUACGGGUUCAUGAGAUGAUACACACAGGUGAAAAACGCUUUAAAUGUAACUACUGUGAUUACAAGUGCAAUCAAAAAGGAUCCUUACAGUUUCAUGAGAUGAUACAUACAGGUGAAAACCCCUUUAAAUGUAACUACUGUGAUUACAAGUGCAAUCGAAAAGGCUCCUUACGUAGACAUGAGAGGAUACAUACAGGUGAAAAACCCUUUAAAUGCAACUACUGUGAUUACAAGUGUCGUCAUAAAGAAAACUUGUGGACUCAUGAGAUGAUACAUACAGGUGAAAAACCCUUUAAAUGCAACUACUGUGAUUACAAGUGUCGUCAAAAAGAAAACUUGCGGACUCAUGAGAUGAUACAUACAGUAAUUAUUAGAAGCCCUCGUGUGGCUUUGUGCGGGAUGGAGGCGAGCGCGGGCGGCGGCAUGGCGCGCGUGAAGCAGGAGUGGCAGGAGCCCGCGUGGGCUGGUGACCACGUUGUCAAGGAGGAAGCAGAAUUCGUGGAUGAAGAGGAGUGUGUGAAGGAGGAGUGCUCGGACAGCAGAGACGGGUGCGGCAUGAGCGAGGCAGCCAUGCUGGCCGGCCUGUAUGACGAGCAUGUGGUCAAGGAUGAGCUCGUGCUGGGGCCGGAGCGCCCGCACCGCCCCACAGUUGCUCUGGUGGUUUCCAACAGGGCGCUAGGUGAUGUGGACGGCGGGUUUGCCGCGGGGGGUGGGGGAGGUGGGGGGGCACAGCGCGCUCGGGACUGCUCCGUGCGGCUCGAGCGCCUCGCGAGCCACGCCGGCGCCGCGCGAGACCACCGGCCUAGAGGGACCGCCCCCAGCGACACCGCCACGCCACCCCACACAGACUCUGGUAACGAACAGGAAAUAUACAGACCUAAUUAUGACAAAGAACCGGUGUGUGAUCUUUGUGGCGAGAGAUUUGAUUUGAAAUCUGAUUUGAUAAAACAUGCCGCAGUGCACAUUCAUGUGCCUACAAGCGCGGAGCUGGGAGCGGGCAGACCUGGUGUCUCAGGCAAUGGUGAGAUGUAG